AUAAUGGGGUGGCCUAUAUUUUUAGUCCCCCCUGCUUCCCCGCUGAGAUAUCUUCAACACCACUGGCAGACCCCUGUACCGCCGCACUACAGCACGAGUCUACAGUAUGGCCACCGACCAGAAAUCGGACACCAGCCAUCUCGAAGUCGUCGACCAGAAUGCUCCCAAGACAGACAGCUUCACACUGGGAAUUGACGACCCGGCCAGCAAUAAUGACGACUCCACCUGGGCUGCGCUCCGGGACAACCCCUGGAUCGUGCUGUUCUGCCUCUAUGGCAACAUCGGGGCCCUGAUGUAUGGGUUCGACAACUUGGUGCUGUCGCUGUCUCUGUCCAUGACUGCUUUCGAAGAGACUUUCGGUACCGUAAUUGGCGGGUCAUACGUGAUCCUCGCGUACUGGCAGUCGCUAUGGAACGCCCUCUCUCAGGUGGCCACAAUGCUGGGGUCCACCGCCGCGGGUCCGAUUCAAGAUCGGUUCGGACGACGUGCUGCCUUCCUCGCUGCAGCCUGUCUGUCGGCAUCCGGCAUCGCCGUUGUCUACACGGCAUCCACCCCGGGGGCAUUCCUCGCCGGAAAGAUCGUCAAUGGCCUUUCCCUAGGUCUCGCCUUAACGACAGGUCAGACUUACAUCUCCGAAAUCACCUCGCUGCAGCUGCGUGGUAUCGCUCUGUCGGGGUAUACAUUCUGCAUGAAUAUAGGGUAUCUAAUCGCCGCGUCCGUUGCCCUGCCUCGCAUGUCCAUUCCCAGUGACUCUGCAUACAAGGUCCUAUUCGCCUCCGGCUGGGUCUGGCCCGGUAUCAUCCUGCUCUUCCUCCCCUUCAUCCCCGAAUCACCCUACUACCUAGUCAUGAAAUCCCAACCCGACAAAGCCAGCCGGAUGCUCUCUCGCCUGGGCAACAAACCCGCCUCCACGACCCUCAUCCUCUCCUCCAUCAUCCGCACCCACUCGGAAGAACAACUCCGCUCCGAAGCCGCCAAAGAAGCCAGUUUCUUCGAAUGCUUCCGCGGCGUAAACUGGCGCCGCACCCGGAUCAUCCUGUACUGCAACGCCCUAUCCCAAGUCAUCGGAUCGAGCUUCAUGACCAACGGACCAUACUUCCUCGUCCAGGCGGGCAUGUCCUCAUCCAAAACAGGGAUGAUGACGGAGAUCGGGAUCGCAUUCGGCAUCGCCAGUUCCUUAAUCACGGGAUAUAUCAUGACGGUGUGUGGUCGACGACGAUUAGUCAUGUUCGGAAUCGGCCUUUCGACUUUCCUCUUCACUGUUAUGGGCAUCGCGGGAUGUUUCCCUCAUUCUAACACCGCACUAUGGAUCGUCGGAAUCUUCCUCGAACUAAGCUGGUUCGUCUACGGCCCGGCCAUCGGCCCCGCCAUGGCCAUAGCCGGCGAAAUCUCCUCGGUACGACUCCGGGCCAAAUCCCUCUCUAUCGGAUUCACCUUCAACUACUUCUUCUCGACGGUAUGGAACGUGGUGAUGCCGUAUUUGUAUAAUAGUAACGAGGCGGAUUUGGGGGGUUUGAUUGGGUGGAUUUUUGCGGGGAUGGGCGGGGUUAUGCUACUGGUUUUGUUUUGGGAGUUGCCGGAGACGAAGGGACGGGGGUUUGAGGAGUUGGAUGAGAUGUUUGCGUUGGGGGUAAAUGCUAGGGGGUUUAAAGGGUGGAGGGAGAGGGGAGGUUUGGGGAAAGGUGGGGAUGAUCGGGGGUAG